AUGGCAGCCGCCGCUGCCGACGACGACGUCAAGCUAGAAUCCUUCCUCCAAUGGCUCCAGGCCAACGGCGCCGACCUCCGUGGCUGCACGAUCCGCGCAUGCGGCGGCAAGAGCUUUGGCGUCUUCUCCACCGCCGCCCCGAGGCCGGGCGCCAACGACGGGGUGGCGAUGGUGGUGCCGCUCGACCUCGCCAUCACGCCGAUGCGGGUGCUGCAGGACCCACUCGUCGGCCUGCGGUGCCGCGCGCUUUUCGAGGAGGAGGGAGGCGUCGACGACCGCCUCCUCGUCAUGCUCUUCCUCAUGGCCGAGCACCGACGCCCUGGCUCACUCUGGAAGCCAUAUUUGGAUAUGCUUCCGACCACCUUCGGGAGCUCCCUUUGGUUUACUGAGGAAGAGCUUGCCGAACUGGAAGGGACGACUCUGCACCGGGCUACGGUGAUCCAGAGGAAGUCAUUGCAAUCCUCAUUUGAUGAGAAGGUUAAAGGACUCGUUGAGGAGCUUUUACAUGUCGAUGAAUCAGCAAGCUCAAUUGAAGUGUUGUUUGAGGACUUCCUUUGGGCAAACUCAAUCUUCUGGACUCGAGCACUGAACAUACCACUGCCUCAUUCUUAUGUUUUUCCGGGUUCAUGUGGCGAUGAACAAAUCGGAACCGGCAAUGAUGCUUGCUAUUCUGGCCCCCCUGCCCAACAGGAAAUUGACAUUACAGCUAAGGAUCAUAGUGCUGAUGAGAAUUCUAAAUCAAGUAACACAGAGUCAAUUUGGGUUGAGGGCCUUGUCCCAGGAAUUGAUUUCUGCAAUCAUAAUGUAAAGGCACUGGCAACAUGGGAAGUUGAUUCUGUGGGCAAUGUUACUGGAAUUCCUGCUUCAAUGUACCUCUUGCUUGCUGAUAAAAGUUCUGCUGAGGCUGGAGCAGAGAUCUGCAUAAACUAUGGCAACAAAGGAAAUGAGGAACUACUGUACCUCUAUGGAUUUGUGGUUGACAACAAUCCAGAUGAUUAUCUCAUGGUUCAUUAUCCUUUGGAAGCGCUUAGACAGAUCCAGUCUGCUGAUACAAAAAUACAGCUACUAGAGAUGCAGGAAUUUAUGAGUACUCUCUGGACGAUUGCCAUGCAAGAACAUGAGCUUGAACAAGUUGCUUCUUUACUUGGAGAGGUUGGAUCUAGUGAAGAUAGAGAAAUAUCUGAUGCAGAGAUCCAAAGUGCUAUUUGGGAGGUCUGCGGUGAUCAGGGUGCACUGGGUUUGCUUGUGGAUCUUCUUGGGGUCAAAAUGGCUGAACUUGAAGAGGGCUCUGGAACAGAAGCAUCUGACACUGAACUGCUUGAGCAGGUUGAUUCCAUUCAUGAAAGUGAUGAGAAGCACAAAAAGAAGUCAAAAAUAAAUUACCGUUCAUGUAUAGUGUACCGAAGAGGGCAAAAGCAGCUGGCAAGGUUGUUCCUGAGGGAGGCAGAGUAUCUUCUGGAGCUUUCUGCAAAAGAACAGACCUAA